AUGGCCCACCAUGGCUUCGACAAACUUAAGUUCACUGGCCAAUACUUCCGUACGUCUAUGAAGCCCCUGACUCGCCUAACAAGAGUGAAUGCGCGCUGUUUACGCCUUAAACUUCUUCUCAAGCCAGUAGCGGAGCGUUCCCAACUUAUGGAUCAAUGUCUUUCACCUGAAAGAAUACAUCAGGCGUUCCUGACUUGCAUAUUCUCGACACAAAGCUACCUUUUUAAAGACGAAUUAGAGAACCUUCACCAGGAAAAAUUACUGAAGCGCCACAGUCUACUUACUCGUUUACACUCAUUCAUCGAUUCUACUCGAAUUCUGAAUGUCGGUGGACGACUAGCGAACUCUCCUGUGCUUUAUUAUCAACGACACCCGGUCAUCUUCCACGGUGAAAGUCCUCUCGCAAAACUGACCGUUGACUGGGCCCACCGAAUAGCCCUACAUGGUGGAUUUCAAUUAACUUACUCUUAUGCUGUUCGCCGAGCAUGGAUUAUUCGAGGUCGCGUUCUUGUCAAAGCACAUAUUCGUGAUUGUUUUGUGCGCACCCGCAUCAGACUUCAAAAAUCCGCACAGUUGAUGGGGAAUCUUCCUUCUGAAAGAGUUACAGUCAGUUUUCCCUUUGAGAAAACCGGAGUAGAUUAUGCAAGACCUCUCGCAAUAAAGUGGACUGUCUAG